AUGAUCCAUCAUAAUGCAAAUGCUUUCAACAAUCUAGAUAAACACAGUGGACUUAGUUGGGAUAAUGCUGAAUUUCUUCUACGAUGGAUACUUCAAAAUCAUCACGAGUACCUUCAAAAUAAUCACGAGAAGGAAAAAUUGAAAUCUAUGCCAGUGGAAAAAACAAUCGACCUUGUAAUGCCUGACCAUAUUGCUCACAAUUUAACCGAACCAUGGUUUCUUCUAACGCCGAAAGAAUGGAUUGUACCCAAGAUGGAGGAGAUUCGAGUUCUGAUUGCUCCUGAAUUGGAAACUUCUUCUAUUCAAGGGACGUCCCAGGAGAAAUAUCAGAAGCUCGGAUUCUUUUUCCUCAGGUCCUUCCUGAGAAAAAUUAACAGCGGAGUGAACCAGUACAAGCUGAGAGACAUCUAUGUUGGGAUGAUGGAAUGGACUAUUCUCACCGAGAAGAUAAAAAUGAGCGAAGAGAAUAUUCAAUCCGCUGUCAACACCAUCAAAUGGAUAACGCAGUUGGAACUGAAUAAGGAUGUUUUAGCCAACCUAUAUGACAAAUCCAAGUUGAUGGCGAAUGGGGAGGAAAACAAGACGGAAAUCUGCAUAUUUGCUCUUCUCAAUACCUUCACCCAAGUGACGCUGACACACAGCUGUGUGUUCCACCAGCACCUCUGUUGGGUUCCAUGCUUCAGCUAUGUCUUCUACAACCACUUCCUCUCAGCUCUCUCUGUUGGGAUGGAAUUGCAGAAGAGAGAUGAUGCGUUGAAUAUUAUUCCGUAUGCUUUAAGUCCACCAUCUUCCCGCCCAUCAUCUUCCAGCACACCGGUGCCGACCAAUCGACUGCGGGCACCAUCGAAAAGAGGCAACUUUCCGGAGCACGUCAGAAAAAUAUUAGAUGAGCUAUUCAAGCAAACUGAUGGUCAGUUUGAACCGAAUGAACUAGCAGUGCUGGCUGAUCGUUUCAAAGAUCACAUGACACUGCAUCAAAUUCGUGUCUACUUCAAGAAUAUGAGAGCCAAGAAGAAGAAGAGAAUGGAGUGUGAGCAGAGUCUGAAUGAGCUGCUGGUUUAG